AUGCCUAACCCUGGCGCUUGUGCAAUAGGAAGUCACGUUAAGAAAAAAAUGGACAUACGCAAUUUUUUUAAAAGAAAAAUUACAACCACCGAAGAAACCACUAAUCCGUCUAAAAAAAUGGGACUUCAACCAGUACAUCAAGUAAUACCGAGUACAAGUACAAGUAGUAGCUUGGACCAAGAAGAUCAAGGACCAGACACUACAAAAGCAGAUGAGUCAAACACAUUAUUCGGGAUAAGAACAAUUUUAACAGAUAAACCUGUUCAAGAUACCCAAAUGUUGUUAAAUGAUGACCAAUCGGACUCGAAAGACAUUGGAAAUUUCCUUAAUAACUCAUCUGUUCAUAAAUUGUACCACCGUACCAUGAGUAAAAUGAAUCGCCAAGAACCUCUUACCUUCAAAUUAGUUGAUAUGACUGAGGACGAACUUUAUGACGAAAUUGCUCAUAUAGGUGAUGAUUUUGCUUCAAUUCCUUCUGAUGGUGCUUCUGAUAAUGACAGUGACGCUGAAGAAGAGACGGGAGAUUUGCAAGAAGAUAUGCAUGUAGAUGUGUUAGAAAAUAACUCUGGUGAUGAAAUUAUAGUUUCUGGUUCGGAUAUCGAAUCGCCUGAUGAAUGGGACUCUGAUGAUCUAGUGCCAUUAGCGACAUUGGCUCAAAAAUGUAAAAAUCAAAGACCAGUUUCAUGGAGUAAUCUUACAAGUAAUAUGAAACUGCCUGCAGAUUUUGUAAGUGAUUCUGGCCUACCUCGUUCCAUUCAAGAUCGUGAAACACUCAAUCCUUAUGAAGCGUUCAAUUUGCUUUUCACUGACGAUAUUUUAAAUCACAUUGUUUUUCAAACAAAUCUUUAUGCAGAGCAGCGAUAUCAAGAUACAGGAAAACCCUACAAUAAAACAGAUAUCACAGAAAUCAAAACAUUUCUAGGUAUAAACCUUCUUUUCGGCAUAAAGAAAUAUCCAAGUUACAGAGACCACUGGAGUACAUCUGCUGACCUUCACGAUCCAUAUAUAAGCAAAUUAAUGACAGUACAUAGAUUUGGUUGGCUUCUCACUCACAUCCAUCUAAAUGAUAACAGCACAAUACCAGAACGCGUAUCAGACCGUUACGACAAACUUUAUAAAGUGCGGCCGUUAUUGCAAUUUUUAUUAGAGAAUUUUCAAUCAUCCUUACAACCACAUGAACAUCUUGCUGUAGAUGAAGCUAUGAUUAAAUUUAAAGGUCGCUCCUCCCUAAAACAAUAUUUACCCAAAAAGCCUAUCAAAAGAGGUUACAAAGUAUGGGUUCUUGCCGACAAAACCGGGUAUUGUUGGAACUUUGAGAUAUAUACUGGAAAGGUUGGAAAUGAGACAGAGAAGAAUUUAGGAGCCAGAGUUGUCAAAAGUUUGACUGCCCAGGUUAUAAAUAAAAAUCAUCGAAUAUAUUUCGAUAACUUUUUUUCAUCAGUAAAGCUUAUGCAAGAUCUUCUUGAUUUAAAAUUAUUUGCUACUGCAACAGUAAAUCCUAACCGGAAAGAUUUGCCCAAAUUUAGUCCUGACAAAUCUUUAAAAAGAGGGCAAUAUGAGUGGCACACAAGUGAUAUUGGAGUGACCGCAGUAAAAUGGCGCGAUAAAAGAGCUGUCCACUUACUAUCUAAUUAUCACAAUCCUACAAUAAUUACAGAAGUCAGAAGGAAGGAAAAGGACGGCACUGUAGUUCAAAUACCAUGCCCUGCUUUACUUACCGACUAUAAUAAAAACAUGAACUUCGUUGAUAAGCAAUUCCUGUACCUGAAAGAGUUAAGGGAAAGCAGCAAGAAUGCUGGCAAUUUUAGUGACCUUUUAAAAUUCAGGAUAGACGCUGGUGACCAAACUUUGGGCAACCACCUGUUUACCGCUGCUGGUAAUUCUAAAUAUACAUCACACAGAAUUCAAAAUGAAAUAAUUUCAUUAGCCGGAGAAGUACUGUUAAGAAGCGUAGUAGAAGAAGCAAAUUCUUCUAAAUAUUUUAGUGUCUUGGCUGAUGAGACUGCCGACAUUGCCGGACACGAGCAGCUAUCUAUUGGCAUACGAUAUGUAUUUGAACAAAAUGAUAAGUUUACCCUGAAAGAAGAGUUUCUUGGAUUUGUCAAGUUGGACCGACUAAACGCUGAUAGCAUCGCAUCUUCAAUUUUGCAGUUUUUAGAAAAAUCGGGCUUAAAUCUUGACAAACUUGUAGGACAGGGUUACGAUGGAUGCUCAACAAUGUCUGGUGAAAUUCAUGGAGUUCAAAAAAUUAUACAAGAAAAGUAUAAAAGGGCAUUUUAUUUUCAUUGUGCAUCACACAAAUUAAAUUUAGUUAUUAAUGAUGUAAGUAAAAUAACGGAAAUUCGCAAUACUAUUGGUACCGUAAAAGACAUAAUAGUUUUUUUUAGAGAAAGUAGUUUAAGAAGGAAUCUAAUUCCAAAUAUACCUCUAUUCUGUGAGACUCGUUGGUCAGCCAAGUAUAAGUCUUUGCGCAUUUUUGCAGAAAAUUUUAAUACAAUAUUUAAAACUCUUCAUGAUAUAAAAACUGGAGAAAUUUUAAUGAAUUCCGCUACAACAAAAAGAGCUGCUCAGUUAUGGGCUGCUACAAAUUCAUUUUCUUUUGUUAUUUGUCUAAUGGUAGGUAGUAAAUAUUCAAAUAUUUUAGAACCGGUUGCGAAUACCCUUCAAGGAGUUUCAAUAAAUUUUGUAGAUGUUUAUCACCACAUUAAUUUAAUAGUUAACAGUUGUAAUAAAAAUCGAUUAGAAGUUGAUACCGUUUUUGCAGAACUUUAUUCCAAAGCAGUGUCCAGUUGUGAGACUCUUGGAAUAGAGGUGGCUAAGCCACGAAUUUGUGGUCGACAAAUUUAUAGAUCCAACUAUGAAUCUGAUUCAGCUGAAGACUAUUGUAAAAAAUCGAUAUUUAUUCCAUAUGUAGAUCAUUUAAUUCUUGCCUUAAAAACAAGAUUUUCAAAAGAGCAUGAAAUUGCCUUUUCUUUAUUUGAUAUUUUGCCAAAAAAUAUAAAGUCUUUAGACAGUAAAUCGUUCGGAGUUAAGAUCAAACAGCUGUAUAACAUUGAAAAUUUAGAAAGCGAGUUAAAUAUUUGGAAAGAGUAUUUAUGUCAAUCUAAAAUUGCAGAAAAUAUAGCCAUUGAAGAACUUAUUGGACAUUGUAAAUUUUUUCCUGCUGUUAAAGAUUGCUGCAUACUUCUCCUUACUUUGCCGUGUACCACUUGCACUAUAGAGCGCAGUUUUAGCACCUUACGUAGGAUUAAAACAUGGUUAAGAGCUACAAUGGGACAAGAGAGACUUGUUGGAUUAGCAUUGCUGAGUAUCCAUCGAAAACGAACAGAAACUAUUCAAAAUUUUGCCAUUAAAAUAUUAGAUCUAUUUUGCCAAAGCAACCGAAGACUGGUUUUUAGUCUAGAGUAA